AACUUAUUUACACUAAAUAAAGCUCAAUUGUGUCAAUUUUGAACAAAUUAAUUUAAAACUAUGAACGACAGUGAAAUCGAGAGUUUGAAAACAGAAUUGGAACAUGAAAAAACGUGCAGAGAAGCAGCAGCAUGGCAGAAUGGAGAACUGGAAAAGCAGAUUCUGUCGAUGCAGGAAGAGCUCCGCAAGCCAGACUAUCCGUGGGACAACGACUUGGACUUGCAGAAGGAGAGCGUCCGACACAAACAGCUGUUAGAGGCUAUAGAGGAAUUGAGGGGACAACUGCCGUUGCUUAAGGAUAGGAUUAAAAAUGCUAAAGUUUGCGGGCCUGAUUGUAAACUGAAACAUGAUGAUCUCAACAUAAACUUGGACAUUUUGACUCCGGCUGAAUUACUUCGCACAGUGAAGAAGUUCGAGCGACUGAAGACAGAUCUAAUCAGCACCCUGCGAAGCAAGGAAUGGCGUUUGGAUUCCGAGUCUAAGUUGUUCGUGAGGGUACACGAUCAGAAGAUGUAUCUACAGAAUGAACUAAUGAUAUGCCAGAACAACAUUAUGCGGCUGCAGAGAAAUGGAAGUUAUUGGCCGUCGUACACCCGCAAGACAGACGAGCGUGUGCUGGAUCCGAAGCGCGGGCCGAUCAAGAAGUCGUUCUGCGAGCGUCUGCCCCCCAUCCCCACCCAAUGAUAUUCCUCCUCCCCCCCGCCUUCCUCCACCAGCUCGUCGUACUGGAGCGCUUCGCUCAGCUCCGACUGUUUACCAUUACCAUAAUAUAAUA